AUGGAGCAGCUGGUCACUUGCUGCGCCCAGUCCAGAUCAGCAAAUCGGCGAUUUACGGGGCUGUUCUUGCUCCUAAUGCCAUUUCUGGGACUGGCUUGUCUCAGAUUAAGAGAGAGAAAGGCAUCAGAGAGUGCUUACAGCAGCAACUGCUGCAGCGCCUGCUCCAGCUGGAGCGGCUACUGGACUCGAGGGGCCCCUGCACCUACAAACUCGGCAUACUUGGGGGGCCCAACUGGAACAGAGGAGUAA